GCUGUUCAGGUCAACACCAUCCAGUGGGUUCAGGCACAGCAGAGGACGCGCAGCCCUGUGGGUUGGUGUGUGGCCCCUGUGGGUUGGUGUGGGGCUGGGAUGGUGGCCCCUCGUGCAGGCUGCUCAGGGCCCCUCGCCCCUGAGGAGGAGGGUGGGCAGCAGAGAGACUGCUGUGCUGUGGCCCCGUCAGACGCCAGUGUCCGGUGCACCCCUCUCCUGGGCCUCCCCUCAGCGAUGAACUGUUUCCAGGGCACCAAUGCCUCUGCUCUGGAAAAAGACAUUGGUCCAGAGCAGUUUCCCAUCAAUGAACACUACUUCGGAUUGGUCAAUUUCGGGAACACAUGCUACUGUAACUCCGUGCUGCAGGCGUUGUACUUCUGCCGCCCGUUCCGUGAGAAUGUGCUGGCAUACAAGGCCCAGCAGAAAAAGAAGGAAAAUUUGCUGACGUGCCUGGCAGACCUGUUCCACAGCAUCGCCACGCAGAAGAAGAAAGUGGGCGUCAUCCCCCCGAAGAAGUUCAUCUCCAGGCUCAGGAAGGAGAAUGAUCUCUUUGAUAACUACAUGCAGCAGGAUGCCCACGAGUUUUUAAAUUACCUGCUGAACACCAUCGCCGACAUCCUGCAGGAAGAGAAGAAGCAGGAGAAGCAGAAUGGAAAAUUAAAAAAUGGCAACAUGAAUGAGCCUGCUGAGAACAGCAAGCCGGAGCUCACAUGGGUCCAUGAGAUUUUUCAGGGAACGCUCACCAAUGAAACCCGAUGUUUGAACUGUGAAACUGUUAGUAGCAAAGAUGAAGAUUUUCUUGACCUUUCUGUUGAUGUGGAACAGAACACGUCCAUCACGCACUGUCUGAGAGAUUUCAGCAACACCGAGACGCUGUGCAGUGAGCAGAAGUAUUACUGUGAAACUUGCUGCAGCAAGCAGGAGGCCCAGAAAAGGAUGAGAGUCAAAAAGCUGCCCAUGAUUCUGGCCCUGCAUCUAAAGCGGUUCAAGUACAUGGAGCAGCUGCACCGGUACACUAAGCUGUCCUACCGCGUCGUCUUCCCCCUGGAACUGCGGCUCUUCAACACAUCCAGUGACGCUGUGAACCUCGACCGCAUGUAUGACCUGGUGGCUGUGGUCGUCCACUGUGGCAGUGGUCCCAAUCGCGGGCAUUACAUCACCAUUGUGAAAAGUCAUGGCUUCUGGCUCCUGUUUGAUGACGACAUCGUGGAGAAAAUAGACGCUCAAGCCAUCGAGGAAUUCUAUGGCCUGACAUCAGACAUAUCCAAAAAUUCGGAAUCUGGGUAUAUUUUAUUCUAUCAGUCAAGAGAAUAAGCGAAGGGACUCUGGGACGACUGGCCGCGGGGGAAGUGAGCUGGCGCUGGGACCUGGACUCCCCGCAGACUGGCCUCCUCCCGCCGGCCGCCCGCAAGGUCACUCCUGGUCUCCACGGUCCACCUUGGCCUCCCUCCCUCUGUUUUCCACGCAGCACUACUCUUGGUUUGGUUUUAGCGUGAGGUCGAAUUCCCAGCAAUGAGAUUGUCGGAAGGAAAGGCUGACCUGGCAGCUGCCAUGUUGGGGUUGGGUGGUUGUCACGCACGCGUUCUGGCUGGCCGAGCUGGGAUGGCACUCCUGCCAUGGAGGCAGUGCUGGCCACCUGGGUCUCCUUCCUGUGCAUUCCUGUAACGUGUGACCCCUCAAUGCUGCCUCCGGUGUCUGUGUCCCCCCAAAGCCUGGGCCUCCAGUAUCAAGUGUGUGCUAGUGGCAGCGAGUGACUCGCACGCACGGCCCCGUCCACGUGGCCUGUGGCGGGGAGCAAGGCCUCGUGGGUUGGCAGGCCGUGUCUGUGAGGGCUGAGGAGAGCGGAGCUCAGGGCAGGCAAGGCCACGAGGAGGACGUGUGUGUGGGCGGAGGGGAUCAAGGCCUUGUGGGUUGGCAGGCCAUGUCUGUGAGGGCUGAGGAGUGCAGAGCUCAGGCAGGCAAGGCCACGCGGAGGACGUGUGUGUGGACAGAGGGGAUCAAGGCUGUGUGGCAGACCGUGUCUGCAAGGGCUGAGGAGUGCGGAGCUCAGGGCAGGCAAGGCCACGCGGAGGACGUAUGUGGACAGAACAGAGUCCCCUUUUUUACCUUUCUACCAAAACCAAGUUUCAGGAAGAUGUGCUGGGCUGUGUGGGUUUAGCUCCUGUGGGUUGCGGUUCUGCCGUGUCUGGCAUGGCCAAGCUUGCCUUGCCGGUGCGGCUUUGAGGUCCUCCCCAUGUUGUGGGGCCCUGUGGGGCCUGCCUCUUUCCCAGCCCUCCUCAGCCAGGCAGCACCCGCGUCCUUCUUGGGGAGCGGCUGGGGCACUGCUCCGAGCCCUCAGCCACCUGCUGACCCUGCUGGGGAGGGCAUCCUGGAGCUGGCUGGACUGGAAGACGGGCCAGGGAAGGCUUCUCCGGACAGGUGGAGGCUGGCGCCAGAUGGCAGUUUCCUUGGCUCAGACCCUGAGAAGGCACGAGAAGAUGGAGUGUUCGGGAAGAACCUCAUUUCUCUAAAGUGACUUUGCCUUUUUUUUUUUUUUUAAUUUUAAUUUUUCACUUUUGUUAUGUCUGUAUUUAUUAGAGCAUUUGAGUAUUGUACCUUUGAUUAAAAGGGUCAGUUUGGUGUUCUGCUGGUUUAUGGUUUUCUAUAAAUACUACAACGUAGCUGCCGUGUGGGAGGCAGGCAGUUCCCCUGCGCAGUGCUCUGAGCAGGCCCGGCCCCCGGCACACGCGCAAACGGCCAGGACACUCUGGGCGUAAUGUGAACGCCAACUGCGAGUGAGAACUCAGGCCCCUGCGCGGCCUGGAGGAGGAUAGCACUUUACCCAGCUCAAGCUGGAUUUGGUAUUUUUGGAAUAUCUUGAACUUGCUGGCAGACGAGACGGAUGUGCGCACGCCCACACUUCGCCGGUCCCUACUUGAAGCUUUUCGCCAGAGAGGACGAACAGGGUGACCUUCAUGCAGACGACAAACGUGCCUUGCCUGUGUAAGGGCACAUUCAUACUGAGAAACAGUUUUCUGAUUUUUCCUUAAACAUGCAGCCAUCGCUGAUCUGGGAGCAGGAGCGCCCCCCAGGGGCAGGUGCCUGCCCUGGGGAACGCGUGCGCUGCUAGUUACAAAGCUGCAGAGAACCUAGGUCCAACUCUGACACGUUUGGAACUGAUUCCUAACAGAAACUAUUAAAAUCGUCUUUCAAACAACUCUUGAAGCUAAUUUAUUAGACAAAAGUGUUUCAGUUGGAAGCUGGUAAGAGUAGUAUUUAUACACUAAGUCACAGGUUUGGUCUUUUAUUUUUUUGGGAGGGAGGGGCGUAUGUGAAACAUGUUCCAGUGACUUUACUGAAAUAAUUCUUUUAAUAGAGCGAGUUAAAAUUCAGUGUUCAAAGUGGUUGUAUGACACAGAGAAGAUCGGAAUAGACCAAAAUGCAUCUGUCCCCCACGCCUUCACUGUGUGGGAUCUGGAGCUGCCUGGCGGCUGCGUCCCACUCCGCGUCCCACUCCGUCCUCGGCAGGUGGGACAGACUUGGCAGCUGCAUCUGUGCCUCGGGGCAUCUCUUGCUGGUGGCCUGUGAACACGGUCGCUGUCUGUUCCCGACUGCUGGUGCAAAGCCGAGGGCGGUGGGAGAUGCCCUCUCCAGACCCCCAGAGAGCACAAAGGUCCAGCAGCAGGGCGGCGGAAGCGCGCGGUGCCCACUGCUGGGUGUUGGGCACUUUGCGAAGGGAGUGCAUCGUUGUUUCAUUGGUUACCUCCUGGCACGGGCGGCUCAGCUGCCCUUCCUUGAAGAGCACAGUGCUGGCGGCCGGCCUGCUGCUUCGGUGUGUUUAGUGCCCAGGCUGUAAAAAGCGGACCGGCUUGAAGUUAGCAAGGACCAACACCCAUGGACCGCCCGCUUGCAUGGGAAGAGGGUGGUGUGUGGUUGGAUGGCCUGAUUUCUUUUGGAUUUAAGAUGGAAUGGGAAAAAUAAAAAGACUGAAGUGUCCCCCGUGCGUGGGUUUCCAUGGGUCUCCUUCAUUCCUGACCGUGGCUGUGAACUGUGUGGAGCAGAACGCUUAUGUUAGAUAUCGAGUGUAGUUUUAUUGCAGAUGGCUAUUAUCUUUAAACCUUGCAUUUCUUCAUGUGUGAUGAAGUUUGCCGUUUGAGUGGCCGGCCCUUUCUCGGCGCUGUGGUGAGCUCAGGAGAGAGGCACGGGCCAGCGGAAGUUCUCUCUGCUUCUCUGCGUAAUUGCCUUUCUCUUUCCUCGCAUCGUGUUAAUUUAUUUUUGGCUUCCGUUUCUGUAUUAAAAGUAGUUACUGUAUUUGUGCAGCGUUCAUUUGGUUUGGUUGCUAAAAAAAAUGUAGUUUUUAUUUGGGAUAAUCUGUACCUUAAUUUUUUUUAAUGUAACCAAUUCAAGCACUUUAAGCAAUAAUGUCAAUCUUGUGACAUUUCAAUCAGUUGAACACUCUGCCUCUAAAAUUGUUUGCAAAAAAAAAAAAAAGAAAAUAAAA